AAAACUAAACAACACAAACAUCACAUAUAGAUAUACAUAUAUUUACAAACACACACAAACACAAAAUACAGAUACAGUAUAUAUAAGAUGUCUUUUAAUAUUAAAGCAUUGUUAACUGGCAACAGACUCGUAGUUACACUUCUAUUAUUCCUCUUAUGUUUGGUUCACCCGUCCGAGUCACUUCGCCCACUGUUUGCAUGCAACCCCGCAAACGGGUUAACCCGGACGCUCCGGUUCUGUCGGGUCAAUGUACCGGUCCACGUGAGGGUUCAAGAUUUGAUUGGACGGCUCACGUUGCAGGAGAAGAUCCGCCUCCUCGUUAACAAUGCUGCCGCCGUGCCACGCCUUGGUAUUGGAGGCUAUGAGUGGUGGUCGGAGGCUCUACACGGCGUUUCUGACGUCGGUCCCGGCGCUAAGUUCGGUGGUGCUUUUCCCGGUGCCACCAGCUUCCCUCAGGUCAUCACCACCGCAGCUUCUUUCAACCAGUCACUCUGGGAAGAGAUCGGACGGGUGGUGUCUGAUGAGGCAAGAGCUAUGUACAAUGGAGGCGUGGCCGGUUUGACGUAUUGGAGCCCAAAUGUGAAUAUACUGAGGGACCCACGGUGGGGGCGAGGCCAGGAAACUCCCGGAGAAGAUCCUGUCGUCGCCGGAAAAUACGCCGCCAGCUACGUCCGGGGACUUCAGGGCAACGGCGCCGGCAACCGCCUCAAAGUCGCCGCAUGUUGCAAACAUUACACUGCUUAUGAUCUUGAUAACUGGAAUGGCGUGGACCGUUUCCAUUUUAACGCCAAGGUCACCAAACAAGAUUUAGAGGACACAUACAAUGUGCCAUUCAGAUCCUGUGUUUACGAGGGAAAGGUCGCGAGUGUUAUGUGUUCGUACAACCAAGUAAACGGAAUACCAACAUGUGCAGAUGAAAAUCUCUUAAAGAACACUAUUCGUGGUCAAUGGCAUCUCAACGGGUACAUUGUAUCAGAUUGUGAUUCCGUUGAUGUUUUCUUCAACCAACAACACUACACCACAACUCCAGAGGAAGCCGCCGCCGCCUCCAUUAAAGCCGGUUUGGAUUUGGACUGCGGGCCGUUUUUGGCGAUCUUCACUGAAGGCGCUGUGAAGAAAGGGUUGUUGACAGAGAACGACGUCAAUUUGGCACUUGCUAAUACCAUAACGGUCCAGAUGAGACUUGGUAUGUUUGAUGGCAAUCUUGGGCCCUACGCUAACCUUGGGCCUAGAGAUGUUUGUACUCUUGCUCAUAGGCAUCUAGCCCUUGAAGCGGCCCAUCAAGGGAUUGUUCUUCUCAAAAACUCUGGUCGCUCUCUUCCACUCUCCCCUAGACGCCACCGCACAGUCGCCGUGAUUGGACCCAACUCCGAUGUCACUGAGACCAUGAUCGGAAACUAUGCAGGAAAAGCAUGCACCUAUACGACGCCGUUACAAGGAAUAUCAAGAUACGCUAGGACACUUCAUCAAGUUGGUUGUGCCGGCGUGGCUUGCGCAGGGAACCAAGGAUUUGGUGCAGCCGAGGCGGCGGCACGUGAAGCAGAUGCGACGGUUCUUGUGAUGGGAUUGGACCAGUCAAUAGAGGCUGAGACACGAGAUCGAACCGGGCUGCUAUUACCAGGUUACCAACAAGACCUUGUGACCCGUGUGGCUAGAGUCUCUAGAGGUCCAGUUAUUCUGGUCCUUAUGAGUGGUGGCCCCAUUGAUGUAACCUUUGCUAAGAACGAUCCACGUGUUGCUGCCAUCAUCUGGGCCGGGUAUCCGGGUCAAGCGGGUGGAGCUGCUAUCGCCAAUAUCAUCUUUGGUGCUGCUAAUCCUGGAGGAAAACUACCAAUGACAUGGUAUCCACAAGAUUACUUGGCAAAAGUGCCAAUGACGGUAAUGGCCAUGAGAGCAUCUGGAAAUUACCCAGGAAGGACGUACAGAUUCUACAAAGGUCCAGUGGUGUUUCCAUUUGGGUUCGGUUUAAGUUACACUACCUUCGCUCACAGUUUAGCACAAAGCCCACUGGCCCAAUUAUCGGUUUCACCUUACAAUCUCAACUCUGCCAUUUUCAACUCCUCAUCUAACUCCAUCAAAGUGUCUCAUGCCAACUGCGAAAUGUUUCCAAAAAUGCCACUCCAUGUCGAAGUGUCAAACACCGGAGAAUUCGACGGAACCCACACGGUGUUCGUCUUUGCCGAGCCGCCGAAAAACAGAAUAAAAGGAUUGGGUAUGAACAAACAAUUGAUAGCGUUUGAGAAGGUUCAUGUCACGGCAGGUGCAAAACGGACCAUCCGGGUCGAUGUUGAUGCUUGCAAGCAUCUUGGUGUAGUGGAUGAGCAUGGAAAAAGGAGAAUCCCUAUGGGUGAACAUAAGUUACACAUUGGUGACCUUAAACAUACUAUCUUGGUCCAACCGCAACUUUAACGGAGGCAUAUAUUAAAAAAGAAGGGAACAACAAAUAAGGAAAACCUCUUAACCAAGUGUUUCCUCUUAUAUUAUAAUAUAGAGAAAUAGGUCUUUUUUUUUCUUGUGAAACUAGUCGAGAAAGGUUUCAAUCGGUAAAGAAGCACCAAAGGGUCGCUUCUUGGAUGUGUUUUCUUUAGAUUUUAUUUUCGUGUCAAUUGCCAAAGAUAUUGUAACUUGUGGCUCCCAAAAUAUAAAAGGAGCCCUUGUAAAA